AGCAGUAUUGGCACUAGCUCUCUCUGGCCUCUCAGUCAGUUCAGAACCGCUCGCUUGGCAGUCCACAUCAGCUGGCCUGCGUUAUAUAGUGCACGUGCGCCGCUGAACGUAUAAGCUUCUCUUACUCGGAGUCUCUUUUUUACCACCAAACCACACACACACGUACAGUGCGUAUUAUAUAUCCGGUCGUGGGAGUACACGACGCAGGGCCAUUUGUUUAAAAUAUUUAAUCGAAGCAACGACAACAACAUGUCGCAAGCGAAAAAGUUCUUGAGCCAGAAGGCCCAAGAAUUUCUAGGGUCGCGCAAAUACGCCAACAACUUGCUCGACAUGAUGGACGCUUGGGAGGAUUGCACCGAAGAUUGUAUUUCGACGUUCGAACACGUAUUCACGCAACUGCUGAAAAGAGGCGAUAUGUACAUGGAAAGAAAUAUUUCGCUCACCGAGCCAGAGAGUAAUCCAGAACUAAUAUACAAAAAUUGGCUGCGUGAACUUUAUGAUGAAAAAUUCUGGGAUAAACUCGCGAAUGCUAUGGAUGCCACAUCAAAUGCUAUCCAAACACAGGCACUUACAACUGCUAUCAAUUUGAUGGUAGCAGAAGGAAAUUCACCAAUUGACCCAGUAGCAAAUGUGCAGCACUAUUUUCCAGUUCAUCGUUUGAAACUUAUAAUGAUGAAACUUUUAUCGGCAGAUAAAAAUAAUACUGCUUUGAUAGAAAGAUUUCAAGAAGUAACAGGUUAUUCAGAUGUUCUUUUUCAUACAUGGAGGAGUUUGCCAACUUUAACACCAAAAACACAGCCUCCAGAUUUUUACAUAAAAAAUUUAUUAGAAUUUUUAAAAUUGCUGCCUCUAGAAGUAAAAAAAGAUGCAGAGUGUCUUUGUGGACCACAAAAUGCUGCCAGUGAAUUUAAAUUUGAUUAUGCAGUUGCUAAAAAAUCACUCAAUAAAGUUUGGUCACGUGCCAUACGCUGGGAACUUACUCCAGAAUUACAUAAGCAGAUAUUAUUUGUUCUAAUAGAGAAGGUUAUGCCACAUUUAGAGAAACCAGUUCUCUUAUUAGAUUUUUUAAUGGACUCACUAGAUGUACAAGGCCCAAUAGGUGUACUAGCCUUGCAAGGCAUGUUUGUAUUAGUCACGAAACAUAACUUGGAAUACCCAAAUAUUUUCACGAAACUGUAUUCCAUGUUUGAACCAGAAAUAUUUCAUACAAAAUAUAAAGCAAGAUUGUUUUACCUUGCUGAUAUUUUCCUUACCUCUACACAUUUACCAGAAGGUCUAGUCGCAGCGUUUGCAAAACGUCUUUCACGUUUAACUUUAGUCGCACCACCAGAAGACAUUCUCAUUAUAUUGUUAUUUGUUGGAAAUUUGAUGAUGCGACAUAGAGGACUCAAGUGUUUGAUUGAUAACCCGCAAAAUAGUCAACCUUCAGGAGUACAGUUGUUGACGCCAAGUGGAGCCGCCGGUGAUCCGUACCUCAUGGAGGAGCGUGAUCCUUUACAGAGCAACGCCAUAAACAGCAGUCUUUGGGAAAUUAAGGCACUGCAAGAUCAUGUUUUACCGAGUGUUGCUACGGCUGCUCGUUUUAUAAGAGAACCUUUGCCACAGGUAGAAUACGACUUGGCAGGUGCUUUAGAGCGUACGUCGGGACAAAUUUUUGAAAGGGAAUUAAAGAAAAAAGUCAAAGACAUUAUGUUAACUUAUGAAAGACCAACUUCCAUGGCUUUACCAAAAAAUGAACGUUUGCUCCAAUUUUGGGAUUUAGGAACUAUGUCGUAAAUUGCACUCGAUAUAAUUCAAGUUUAUUUACUGCAACAACGAUGCAUUGAGUGGAUCUUUUUAAAUGCAAAACAAAUAAAAAUAGCGUAUCUAAUUCCAAUUUAACCCUCAGCUAUUGAAACUUACUUGUAAUUCAAUCUUGAACAAAAUGAUAAUUGUACUAAAAUUGACUUCAGUAAGAUAGCUAAAGGUUAAGUUAUAUAGUUAUCAAAAUAAUCUUUGAAUUGAAAUGUGUGAUGGAAUAUAUGUUUUCCGAGUGUUAGUAUCCGUAUGUAUAAUAAACGAUUAUGUAAUUAUUGUUUGAUUGGUUAAACGUCGGUUCUAAAUUUUUUUUUUUACUAGAGUCGUUUAAUUUUCCUGUUAGAUUAUUAGCCUUUGUUAUUGAUGAUAUAACGAAAUAUUUUCAAUUUAAUAAUCUCAAAAUUAGUAUAUUUGUAUUUAUAAAUAGUUACUUUCGAAAUGCACUCAAAUCCAGAAUGUUAGAUAAAAUAAACCAAGUGAUACUAAAUUUGUUUUUACAUUUACACACACGCAUACAUUCUCGUACGAGUACACAUGAUGUGGAUCUAUGGUAUUACUUUUUUUUUCUCUACAUAGCUAUAAAUAAUAGUUUUUUGUUACUUUGAAAACAUAAGAGACUGUUAGGUAGUGUUUUCGAUUAUUGAUAGAUCUUUGAUCGAUCGAUUCUGAAAGAAAGUUUACAACUAUUCGUUUAAAUCUGCUGCAGAAAACAUCCGAUUUUUACUGUUCAUGGCUUCAAUUUGCACCGAAGUUCAAGCCAGUAGUGCAAUAAGUGUAAUAGUUAAGAAAUAAAUGUAUUCCCUGUACAUUCGAGCGUUAGCAAUGAAACUUUAACAUAAAUUUUGUAAUAACUUUAAACCGUCAUUAAUACCUAUAUGUUGAAGAGCAGAUUUGAACGUCUGACGAUUAACGCGGAGCGUGCAUUGUCUAGCCGAAUUGCGUGAUAGAUCACUCGCAAUUAAUAUUGGAUAUUGUGUGGAAAUCAGUUGCUUUAUCUUGUAGAUAGCACACUGUAAUACUUUUUUUUUUUAAUGAAGAGCUUUAAUUUUCUUCAUGUGUAUUUGUUUUCGUUUCAUUGAAUGAAAUCUUUGGAUGAAGCAACUGUUGAAUUUUAUAGAAUACGGUGAUUACCGAAGAAGUUAUGAAAGAGAUGGCGUAGAAGCGAUGAAUAGAAUUAAUGAGAAAUAAAUUAUUUUCAGUUAAAAUUA